UGGAGCAGGACUCUUCUUUGCUCUCUGUGAGGUGCAAAGUCCCUAAGCGCUAGGUGAGCCAGACGCUAACAGCCAUGGCUUCCAGGCCCUGCCUGCCGUCCCCGCUACUUGUGCGGCUGCCGGAGUCCAUCUCCCGGGCCCACAGGAAACUAGAGAUAUACUUCCAGAGCCAGGCCUCCGGAGGCGGGGAGUGCAGUGUCCAGCCCAUGGGCCCCAGCGCCCCUGACACCUUUGAGGUGAACUUCAUAGAAAGGGCAGCUAAGGAGAGAGUACUGAAAAAGAGAGAGCACCAGGUGGUGAUUGAUGGCAAACCUGUGACCAUUUUUUUGGAAACCACGAAAAAGUCAGUGGAGGACCUGAGACCCAGUCCUCCAUCUCUGACACAGCCAGUUGAGACUCCAAGCUCCAGUCCUCCAUCUGUGACCCGGUCUCUGGAUGAAGCACUGUCUGAUGAAAGGACUGUUUAUGAUUCUGAUGACACUAUUGUCCAGGAGGUCUUUCUUGCUGUGACCGCUGAGCUGAACUGUGAGCUACUCUCCAAAGAGCAGAGGGCACACAUAGCCUCUGUCUGCCCUGGAGUCAGAAGCGUGAAGGGUGAAGAUGGAAUUGCCAAGGUAUGUGGCAGCUUCAAAGAUAUUGAGAAGAUACAUCGCUUCCUGAGUGUGCAGCUUUUGGAAAGUGAGCAGAAACAGAAGUACUCAAUGCACAAACACACCCCUUAUGAUGUGGAGAUAGAGCCACCUAACCAGCAAGACUUGGGCAGGGGCUUUUCCUCUUGGGACCCAGCAACUGGGUUAGAUGUUUCUGAGCGCUGUUUUGAAGUUUAUGUGUUUUUCCUUGAAUAUUUCAGACGUGCCUGUCCUGGUAGAAUAGAGUCCAUUGAGAAAGAGUUUGGUGUAAACAUUGAAGUCCAAGAUAGUGCUCCCAAUAUGGCCUCUGUACACUUCACCACUGGCCAACCAGGCAACUUAGAAGCAGCCUGUGAAUCUUUUAUCAGAGACUAUCAGAGAUGCACCCAAGCUCUGAAGCAAGACUGUGUGUUUUUAGAGGACCCUCAGAGAGCAAUGGAACUCAGACAGGAGUUGAAUCGCUGCUUCCCAAAGCUCCUGAUAAAGAGACAGGGAAGAAAGCUAACUUUCCUCGGGUCUCAAGCUGACAUCUCAGCAGCAGCAGAAAAAGUCUCCCAAACUUCCUCCAAGACUUCUAUGACAAUGUACUUAGAUUACCUGACAGGGAUUAAGAUUGAUUCUUCGACUUUCUUUAACCUUCUAAAACCAGCAUUGCUCCAGGAAUUCUCAGAGAUAGAGCAGAAGUAUAACACUUGUGGAAAAGUCCAGAAGAAAACCCAGAAAACCUGCAUUCUCCUUGACCCCAAGGAGAGCGAGGUCGACCUGUUCAUGCACUCUUAUGCCAGUUUCACUGACGCCGUCCAACGAGUCAUGUGUCAGCUAACGACAGAAAUCCUGCAACUGAAACAUUUGGGCAAGGGGAGAGCUCAACUACACAACACGAAUUUUUUUGAUGACUUAAGGAAAAAGCACCCAUAUGUACACUUCACGAUAUCUCAAGAGUCAAUAGUUUUGAUUGGUUUGCCGAAUCAGCAUACACAGGCAAAGCAGUAUAUGUUCAAAAGAAUGGGACUGUCCCCAUCGUCUGGAGAGAGAUUAAAUACGGAUUACAUGACACCCAUCAGUAUCCACAGUAAUGACUCAAAUGCAGCUUCACCUCCUCUCAGAUGCUCUGUUAUCAGCUCUGGGGGCUUGAAGGCAAAUAAGCAUAAUUUUUGUAGUAAUGAGGAGUGGUGGGCUGUAUCCCACCACUCGAUUAGCUUACUCCCUGAAAUAACCACAUCGAAGGGCUCGAGAGAUUGCUCAGUGAUUAAGAGCCCUGCCUGCUCUUCCCAAGAUCCUGGGUUCAAUUCCCAGCAACUACAUGGUGGCUCACAACCAUAUGUAACGAGGUCUGAUGCCCUCGUCUUCUGUUCCGUAGAUCCUGGGUUCAAUUCCCAGCAACUACAUGGUGGCUCACAACCAUAUGUAACGAGGUCUGAUGCCCUCGUCUCCUGUUCCGUAGAUCCUGGGUUCAAUUCCCAGCAACUACAUGGUGGCUCACAACCAUAUGUAACGAGGUCUGAUGCCCUCGUCUCCUGUUCCGUAGAUCCUGGGUUCAAUUCCCAGCAACUACAUGGUGGCUCACAACCAUAUGUAAUGAGGUCUGAUGCCCUCGUCUCCUGUUCCGUAGAUCCUGGGUUCAAUUCCCAGCAACUACAUGGUGGCUCACAACUACAAGCAUGGGGCUCCCUAAGUGCAAGCAUGACUUCUGCUCCUCCUGUAUCACAAAAGCCUGUUGGUCCUGUGUGUCAGACUUACUAUGGUAUCCAGAAGAAGCCAGAAGGAAGCACGCAUAUUAGCAUAUUAAAACAGUCACUUCCAGGUUAUGCAGACUGUGACUCAAUUGUGAUUCAAUACAUUAUAGAAAGUGGCAUCCAAACAAAUGAGGACCCAAACCCAGGAGAGUCCUAUCCUGCAACACAAUGCUUUACAUACUUGCCUGAUACCAGGGUAUCAAGAAAGGUCUUGGAUCUGCUCAGAGAAGCCUUUAGCCAAAGGCUGAUUUUCACAGUAGGGGACUCUCAAGUAUCAGGAGAGUCCAUCACAAAACAUCCAUGUUUGGAAGACCAGAAAAAACCCAGAGACUUUGAGUGUGCUUCAUCUCUGCUAUUGGAGCUGAGGUUAGUGUCUGCUAACCUGGUGGUCGCUUUCCUGCAUCUAAGGAUGUUAAGCUUGCAUCUGAAGAGAUCACCACUUUGA